GCGCAUAUUUUUGUGUGUGUUGUUCUGUAGACACCUCUUCACCAUCAUGUCUUCUGAAGAAGGAAAGCUGUUUGUUGGGGGGUUGAACUUUGACACUGAUGAACAAGGUCUGGAGCAGCAUUUCAGCUCUUUUGGUCCUAUUUCUGAAGUUGUAGUGAUCAAGGACAAAGAAACACAGAGAUCAAGAGGGUUUGGCUUUAUCACCUUUUCCAAUCCUGAGCAUGCGUCAGAUGCCAUGAGAGCCAUGAAUGGGGAGUCUGUAGAUGGGCGCCAGAUCAGAGUUGACCAUGCAGGGAAAUCUUCACGUGGAUCCAGAGGUGGUUAUUUUGGCGGAAGGGGCCGAGGCCGUGGCUAUUCCAGAGGUGGUGGAGACAGAAGCUAUGGUGGUCGCUACGACAGCAGAAGUGGAGGUUAUAGUAGUUCCCGGGAUUACGGCAGAAGUCAGGGAGGCUAUGACCGCUACUCUUCAGGAGGCUCUUACAGAGACAGCUACGACAACUGAGGUAGGUAGCUCUGGGAAAGGGAUUGCAAAUUUCCUACUUGUCCAAAACACCUGUAACGUGCAGUGUUCCAACUUGCAACAGGUAGUGGCUGUAGUAGUAGCUCACUACUGGGUAGCUAAGCUCAAAAGAAGGAUUUUGAGCACCUGCCGUUGACUCAGUCUAAACAUUGCAGGCAUCAGUUCAGAUUACCGAUACGUUAACUUAAAUGCAUGUUGGACCUUAAGAACUGUUAACUUCAAAAUUGUACAGCCCAGCUACGGAGUGCUAAUUUGGGGGAGGGCCUUGAGAUUCCUAGCCUCACUAAUCUUUUAAAAAAGUCUAGGCAUGGUGAAAAUGCUGCAAACAUGUCCAUAUGCUUGUGCCUUUAUGAUUGUACCUGCUUCUUGUCCUCAGCUCACACCGAGUAAAAAUCCUUCCUGAAUCAAGAUCGUCCUUCCAAUGGCCGUAUUUAUAAAGAUUUUUGGAGCUUCGCUGAAUCUUUAGUUACCUACUUGUAUCUUCCCCUAUAUAGCUUUUUGUCACAUGCAGCCCGAAAGCUUCCUCUACAAGAUGGCCUGUUUAGACUUUGCUCAAGAAUUUCUUUUUUUCAAGAGUGGUUUUAAAGCAUUUUUGAAAUCUGGUUUUAUUUGUCUUUCUCAGCCUGAAGUUUUCUUUUAACUUGACUUAAAUGGGGCCCUUAAGAGUACCGGAAGCUGAGCAAAAAUUACUUCUGAAAAAGUGCGAUGCACUUUUUGGAGUUUAACUCUUAGCAUCACAAGGGAGGGUGACAGGCAAGCCACUUUGGUGUUACUGAAAGGGUUAAAUGGUUCGCAUUGAUCACAAUAAAGUCUGUUUUACUGUAUAGUAAACCUAGGACUCUGACGCUUUGAGAGGUUCUUGAAAAUGUUUGUUUAUAUUGUCCUUUUUUUACUGGAAGACGCGUGCAUAAUUCCAUUGACAUUGUAUUUUGAAGUGGAUAAGGAAGUUCCUGUACUGAGUUUUUGGCUUUACGAAGCCCAUUAAAAUCCCAUCUGAAACAA